GGGGGCAGUGUGUAGUGGGAAAAAUAUGUAGGAAAGUAAUAAAAAAUAAAUGAAUAUGCCUCGUCACAAUCGUUUGCUGCGUUUCCAGAAGAAAAUAUAGUACAAGUGCAUCAAAUUUCUCCGUGCAGGAAACUGUAAUUGUUACUUCCAUGCAUAUCAUUUAUUUACCGAAGAAAUCGUGAGAUAUCCUUGACUGAAAGAAUUUUUUAGUGAAUUACAUUUCGCUCCACGGUUACGUUCCGGACAAUAAAAUUGGCCGAACUUUUCUAGAUAAUUUUUCCUCAACUUUCCUAUGCGUAUCAGUUUAUACAUAUUACGAUGAGCUCAAAGCCAGUUCCCUCCAAGCCAAAAGCUAGUCAACUGUGGGUAUUGCAUAUCAAGUUGAAACCUAACGUGGUUUUACCUGCUGUGUACGCCUAUUGUAAUGGAGCCAAAGGUGGUUUAUACAAAGCGAUUCUGGCAAGGCUAGUGGAACUAGCACCCGGUUUGAAACACAAUCUGCAUACAAUUGUCACAGAUUUUGAAGCAGCCGAGAUGAACGCGAUCCGCAGUGUCUUCCCUACGGUUCGCUUGAGGUGCUGCUGGUUUCACUACACUCAGGCAGUAGCAAGUUAUUGGUACGAUUUAAAACUGGAGGACGCUCCUCAGAUGAUCCUUUUUUUCACAUGGGCCUUGGCCUUGGCACCCCCCGAAAAAUUUCAGGAAGGUCUUGGGAUAAUUUACAGCCGGAUCCUGCUUCAUUCCGAGAAAUUCCCCAAUCUACUGAAGUUUCACGCUUACCUUCAGCGUCAAUGGUUACCUAAAGCAGUUCUGGUGUGUGUCUUUGAAGAAGAUGAUCGAACCAACAAUUCAGCAGAAGCGUUCAAUCGCCAUCUGACUGAUGAACUUGGAGGCCGUAAGCCAACUCUUUGAACUCUUUUCUUCAAUUUCAAGCAAUACAUCGAUCAGACUGAUGCAAAGUUGACUCGUAUUCAACACAAUAUUAAAAGUACCAAGACGUAUACUACGCAGAAGCAACGAGAAGAUAACGAGAGAAUCAGAGAAUGCCAAAGAAAAUUAUCUAAUGGAGAAUUGGAUAUGGAGCAAUUCUUUUUCGACAUAAUUACUGAGGAAAGACAGCAAGAAAUAUUGACAGAAAUGGAAUCCUUAAUAGCAAUUGUUCCAGUGGAACCACAUGAGUUGGCUAGUAACGAGAUGUUGCUCUAUGCAGAGAAUUUCAAACCAGAGCCUAUAGAAGCAGGUUUCUCGAUGCUGUCCUGCCCAAGAGUCCGACCCCCACAGACAGAUGAAAUCAAGAAAGCACCUCCUACCUAUGUUGUUCAACAUAUCAAAGGGCGAGAUGUGAAUAAAGCUGUUCAGAGUCUAGCAAAUGAUAGGCUGGAGCAAUAUGUGUCAUUGGUUCCAGAAACAGAAGAAUAUGGCACUGAGAAAAGUAGUCGUGGUACGAGAGCGGGAAGAGGAUGUGAAAGAAGGGGAAAGGGUUCCAGGGGAUGCCAUGUGCCUCUCAAGAAGAAUGUGCCCAGUAUUAACGGUGCUGAAGGGAAUGGGACAAGCUUCAAAGUCACACGGCGAAGAGGUUCGAGAAAACGCCGUGUGCCGCCCACGCCGACGGUCACAAGUAAUAGUGGUACUGAGAAGAAUGCCACCAUCACAAAGUUCCCACUGAAGAGUCACCUAAUUGCGAUAGAAGGUCAAACACUGCAUACAGCACAAAGUUCCCCUCAACUCCAGGAGACCGUUCUUGAUGAGGACAACUCAUUAGCCAAAAGAGCGAAAAUGGAAGAGGGUAGCCACGAAGACCAAAGAGUAGAUCUUUUAGAUGUAGAGCUCCCUCUUGACGAUGAAGGGAUAGUUGAUCUGCAAGUCUUAGACUGGGAUCUACUGGCAGGUGCCGAAGAUUCGUUGAAUGUAGAAGAGUAAGAAGUAUGAUAGAGGCGUACAAUGUACAGGGAUCGAAAAUAAAAAAAAUUCGAUGAUA